AUGGAUCACAACAGCGACGCCACCGCGGCGAACUCCGUAAUCACUGUGUCCGACGUCUCAUGCCUCUCUCGCCCUCCGGUCGGCUACCACAUCUUAGAGAUCACGCUCAUCUCCGCUCAGGAUCUGCCUCCGGUCUCGAAGUCACUCCGAACCUACGCCCUCGUCUGGACAAAUCCGAACCGGAAACGGACGACCUGCAUAGAUCAGAACGGAAACACGAAUCCUACCUGGAACGAUAAGUUCUCCUUCAAGGUUGACGAUGAGUUCCUCGCCUCCGAGAAAUCCGCCGUGACCGUUGAGAUCUACACUGUUUCGUGGUUCCGCGACGUUCUCGUCGGAACCGUUUCGGUGAAUGUUAGCAAUCUCAUCUCGCCGUCGGAGAAAGGACAGAAACACGUGGCCUUGCAGAUCCGCCGCCCCUCGGGAUCUCCUCAGGGAAUGCUCAAUAUCGGAGCCACGCUGACGGAGAGCACCUCGAAAAGCAUGCCGCUAAGCGAUCUGUUGUCCUCUUCAUCGGGCUACAAGAAGGAUCUAGAACUCGAAAAGAGGAAUAUUCUAGAAUAUCACAACGCAGAAGACGAAGAGAGAGAACGACUUCACGCGAAAAUCCUGCAAUGGCGCCGAUCCAUGACUCCAGACAUGAUGUCCGAUCUCAACGGCGAAGAGUUUCCGGGGAAGCCGGGCUCCGUCUGCAACGACGGCUCAAUGGUGAACGGCGGAUCGCUGGUCAACUACGGCUCGGAAGUUUGCUCCGACGUCGGACCGUCGGCCUCCGUCGUGGCGGCGGAGAUAGCAAAGAGUUGGCAGGCGUCAGCGGCGCCGAGGAAGGAGAUAAUGGAAAGGGGAGUCGGUGAUAGCAUGGUACUCCCGGCGAAUUUGACGCCGGAAGAGGAGAAGAGGCGGAAGGAGGCGGCGGUGGACGAUGAAAAUGAGGAGAUGGAGAUGAUUCCGAAGAACGGCGGGCGGAAGAAACCAGACAACGGCAUGUAUUCGUGCUUCGUCUAUGGAUUUCAGUUCACCAUUGUCUGCGGAGCUAAUAAUAGCAAUCCCAACAAAACCAAAAAGAAGAAGUCAGAUAAAAGUUCUGAUUAA